CCUGCCGCUUCUCGACAGUAUGAAGAAGCGGCCGGCGGGACGCCUCGGAGCGCUUGGGCUCUUCCCCCCCCACCGAUGCCGCUUUCACAGGCGCCUUCCGACCCGAGUUAGUUUGACUCCGGCCCGCCCGACAGCCGCCCUGAGCGUUCUAGAACCCCGAUGCACCUGGACGUUCUAGAACGUUGCAACUUUCGGACGUUCUGUCGGCUGCCGACGCUGGACAUUCCCCCCCCUCUCCUCCGAGGGACCUUCCUCAAUUACGCCGGAGCAGUUUGGGGAAGAGAAGGGACGACGGGAGGCGGCCGACCGACCGCUGCUGUUUUUUCCUCUGUCCCUCGCCUUCACCUCCGAUCGCGUUAAACGGACACCAUGAUCGUCGCCGAUUCGGAGAGUUGCGACCCUGCCGGAGUCGAAGGCUAUUUGCCCUGCGAAGGCUGCGAAACUUUGAGGCGUAAGAAGGAUAGAGGGAUAAAAAUCCCCCAGCUGGGAAGAGGCCCCAGUUCUUUCAUCCCAGUGGAAGAGAUCCUACAAGAAGGAGUGGAAAGCACCCAGCGACGCCUCUUCAUCGAAGCCUUUGUUUCGACGGGCAGAGUGGAUAACAUUACCAUGGUGAUGGGACUACACCCAGAGUACCUGACGAGCUUCUGGAAGACUCAGUACCUCUUGUUGAGGAUGGAUGGGCCACUGCCGUAUCACAAGCGCCACUACAUCGCAAUCAUGGCAGCUGCCAGGCAUCACUGUUCCUACCUGGUGGGCUUCCACAUGGGAGAGUUUCUGCAGGUUGGAGGGGACCCAGCCUGGCUGCGAGGUUUGCAGUAUGCUCCGCAGAAACUCAGGAACCUGAAUGAAAUCAACAAGAUCCUAGCUCACCGGCCUUGGCUGAUCACUAAGGAGCACAUUGAAGCCCUGCUAAAAACUGGGGAAAACAGUUGGUCUCUAGCCGAGCUCAUCCAGGCCUUGGUCUUGCUGACACACUACCACUCGCUGGCUUCCUUCGUGUUCGGCUGCGGCAUCAACCUGGAGCUUGACCAGGAAACUGGGCACAUCUUCCAACCACCUUCGCCACGCAGCUGCGACGGUAGCCCCAGCUCGGAAGAUGGGACAAACAGUUCCAGUAGCAAUGAUGCUAUGGAGGAUGUGGAAAUGCUGAUGGAGAGGAUGAAACUACUGCAGGAGUGCCAGCUGGAGGAAGAAGGUGUCACCCAGGAAGAGAUGGAGACCCGCUUUGAGAUGGAAAAGAGAGAGAGCCUACUUGUGACUCCCUCAGACAUUGUUGAACACUCCCUGCCCCCCAACGUUCUGUGCUUUGUGGAGGAUCCAGAGUUUGGUUACAAGGAUUUCACCAGGAGAGGAGAGCAGACACCUCCCACUUUCCGAGCCCAGGACUACACCUGGGAAGAUCAUGGUUACUCGCUUAUCAACCGGCUGUACCCUGAUGUGGGACAACUGUUGGACGAGAAAUUCCAAGUAGUGUACAAUCUGACCUACAACACCAUAGCCAUGCACAGUGGGGUGGACACAUCCAUGCUCCGGAGGGCUAUCUGGAAUUAUGUCCACUGCGUCUUUGGCAUUAGGUACGAUGACUAUGAUUACAGGGAAGUGAACCAGCUUUUGGAACGGAGCCUGAAAAUCUACAUCAAAACCGUGGCCUGCUACCCAGAGAAAACCACUAAAAGAAUGUACACUCAUUUCUGGAGACACUUCAAACAUUCGGAAAAGGUGCAUGUCAACCUGCUGCUUUUGGAGGCCCGCAUGCAGGCUGCCCUCUUGUAUGCUCUGCGAGCCAUCACCCGUUACAUGACCUGACUGGACUUCCAUGGGUGAGGCAGCCUUGCUCCUGGACCAGGGAGCUUUCUUCCAAAGACCUGUUUCUGGAAUGUCUGGUGGGAAAAAAAAAA